AAGCACGCCACCCAGAGGAGAGCCGAAAAAUCUCGAGACAUUUUCAAUUUCGCGGUCGGUCUUCCUCGUUUCUUUGUAAGAUUUUGUGCUUUCCCUCGACCCGUCUUGAAGAUGGCGACUCGGGCGAAUGCACGUUUGAAAUCCUACAAGAACAAGGCGUUAGAUUCUACGGAAAUGAGGCGAAGGCGAGAGGAAGAAGGGGUCCAACUUCGAAAAGCCAAACGUGAAGAACAAAUGUUUAAAAGAAGAAAUGUGGAUAUGUCAGGAAAGUUAUCGUCCCAGCCAAGUGAACUGGAGACGUUGCUGACUACGAACCACGUUGGUCAGGGUGUAUUUUCUCCUGAUGUGGUGGAAGCAUUGUAUUCAGAAGAACCAGAUAAACAGUUAGCAGCUAUGCAAAAAUUUCGAAAACUCCUAUCUAAAGAACCUCACCCACCAAUUGAUGAUGUAAUUAGAUGUGACGUUAUUCCAAGAUUUAUAUACUUCUUACAGCGAGAUGACAGUAGCAUGUUACAGUUUGAAGCAGCCUGGGCACUGACAAAUAUUGCGUCUGGUACAUCACCGCAAACUCAGUGUGUGGUACAAGCAGGAGCAGUGCCUGUCUUCAUUAGAUUGCUGGAAUCCCCUCAAGUAGAUGUACAGGAGCAGGCUGUGUGGGCUCUUGGUAAUAUUGCUGGUGACAGUGCAGAAUGCAGAGAUUAUGUUCUAAACCUAGGAAUGUUACAGCCAGUUUUGGAGCUCUUAAAACAGUCACCAAGACUGUCAAUGACAAAGAACCUUGUUUGGGCUUUGUCCAAUUUGUGUAGAGGAAAGAAUCCUCCACCUGAUUUUUCAAAGGUGUCUGCAUGUCUGCCAGUGUUGGCCCGUCUUCUUUUUAUUAAUGAUCCUGAUGUCCUUGCUGACUCAUGCUGGGCACUGUCAUAUCUCUCAGAUGGCCCUAAUGAGAAAAUCCAAGCUGUUAUAGAUUCUGGUGUCUGUAGAAGACUAGUGGAGUUAUUAAUGCACAAUCUUAGUCCUGUUGUUUCAGCAGCUCUUAGGGCAGUGGGGAAUAUUGUGACUGGAGAUGAUGUGCAAACCCAAGUGAUCCUUAACUGCAGUGCACUUCCUAGUCUAUUACAUUUACUUAGCAACUCUAGAGAAAGCAUCCGAAAAGAGGCAUGCUGGACAAUUUCUAAUAUCACAGCCGGAAAUAGAGCACAAAUACAGUCAGUAAUUGAUGCCAAUAUUAUUCCAAUGUUGGUGGAGAUCCUUAGCAAGGCAGAAUUUAAAACAAGAAAAGAAGCAGCAUGGGCCAUCACCAAUGCUACAUCUGGGGGAACAGCUGAACAAAUCAAAUACCUGGUUAGUCAAGGAGUCAUUAAACCUCUGUGUGAUUUACUGACUGUCAUGGAUUCAAAAAUUGUUCAAGUGGCACUCAGUGGCUUAGAGAACAUCCUUAGAGUUGGAAAACAGGAUGCAUUUCAAAAUGAUGGCAUUAACCAGUUCGCAGUUAUGGUUGAGGAAGCUUAUGGUUUAGACAAGAUCUAAUUCCUUCAGAGUCACGACAACGAGGAAAUCUAUAGGAAAGCGUUUGAAAUAAUUGAGUACUACUUUAGCGGCGAAGACGAGGACGAAAAACUCAUGCCAGGCAUCGAUCAGAAUGCGGAUCAGUUUCAGUUUUGUGCUGGAGUCACCAUGCCUCAGGAAGGCUUUCAGUUCAACUGACACUUGACUAAAUUCCCCCGUCUGGUCCCUGCUGUGGACAAGUCCCACCCCUUUAGGCAAUGAAGGAGUUGUCGACAAUAGUCCAACCCUACCUUCCCCUCCCCUCAUUACCAAGCCACGCACACACUUUGUGUGAAGAGCGCGCGUAUGCCCAUCGCGUGUGAGUGAGUAGAGAGAGUGAGAUUUGUUGCGGUACGUCAGAGCAAGCAGUCAUUAUCCAACGACCCCCGUAAUGAAGACCCUCGCAAGGACCCCCAACCCCCUUUAUAGGAGGCGAAAAAGAAAGUGCCCCCAAGGAUAAUCCCUGAUAGAAAGAAACCCAAGGAUAAUUCCCCAAAAGAAUUAACCCCAGAGGAAAGUAACCAAAGGAUAAUUCCUUAAAAGGAUAAUCCCUCGGAAGGAAGUAUCCCAAGGAUAGUUCCUGAUAGAAAGUACCCCAAGGAUAAUCCCCGAUAGAAAGUGCCCAUAUGAUCAUUUCCCGAAAGUAUUGAUCCAAGGAAAGACCCUAAAAGAAAUCAAACAUGGACAAAUCCUGGAAAGAAUUAACUCAAGGAUACUCCCCCGCAAGACAGUUACCCAAGGUAUUUCCCUGUAUUAGUGGCGAUAAUCGAAAAGAGAGCGCAAGAGAGUGAAUAGUUAAUUAGCUUUGUUCGGACUUCAUCCAGUGCAGGAAAAAUGCACAAAACACUUACUGACUUUCACCAAGCGAAGCCAAGAACUUUACGAAAGGCAAUUUUGAAAGGCAUUGGUGCCCAGAUCAAACGUAUUAAUGAGGACAAUUGAAAGUUACAAAACAGAUCGAUGAUUGGUAGGUAGUUAUGUUAGCAUCAUGGAUUUCUUCAAUGUAUUAAGCGUUUUUAAUUUAAGGCAGAGACUUGAUAUUGUGCCAGUAGCUUAUCGAAGAUGCUAAGAAAAGGUUGUAUAUACAAUAAAUAUUCAGCGAGUUCGUAGUUUAA